AUGUCUCUCUCUCUUCUUCGUAUCUACUCUUCACCUCGCCUCUCUCCGUCUCUUUUCUUCCCCACGCCACCUCUCUCUUCUCUUUGCCUCCCCAAAUUACCAAACUCCCCUUCUCCCCACUUUAUUUUAUGCUGCCGCAGGAACGCAUCGUUUUCCGCUCGAUGUGGGGCUGGUGUUUCCAAGGGUGCACAAUAUAACAGUCGCAGCGAAGAAGGUGAUGAACAACCCAUGAAGGCUAGUUACGACGAUGACGAAGAUGAAGAUGGCCAAGGGGCUCUUAGCUCCUUAGUUUUGCCUGAAAGAUGGGAUGUCCUGGGUCUUGGUCAAGCCAUGGUGGAUUUCUCUGGCAUGGUUGAUGAUAAUUUUCUGAAGAAUUUGGGAUUAGAGAAGGGAACACGGAAAGUAGUAAAUCACGAGGAAAGAGGUAGAGUUUUGCAGGCUAUGGAUGGGUGCAGCUAUAAAGCUGCGGCUGGUGGAUCUCUUUCUAAUACCUUAGUUGCCCUUGCAAGGCUUGGAAGUCGCUCCAUCAAAGUUCCUGCUAUAAAUGUGGCAAUGACGGGCAGUGUAGGGAGUGAUCUAUUGGGGGGUUUCUACAGGGAAAAAUUACGCCGAGCAAAUGUGCAAUUUCUUUCUGAGCCUAUCAAGGAUGGGACAACCGGAACAGUUAUAGUUCUCACAACUCCAGAUGCCCAGCGCACAAUGCUUGCCUAUCAGGGCACAUCUUCAACUGUUAACUAUGAUGCAUCCUUGGCUAGUGCAGUUUCCAAGACCAACAUACUUGUUGUUGAAGGGUAUUUAUUUGAACUUCCUGAUACUAUUAAAACAAUAACCAAAGCAUGUGAGAACGCACGGAGGAAUGGUGCCUUGGUUGCAAUAACAGCUUCAGAUGUCUCCUGCAUUGAGAGACACUUUGAUGAUUUUUGGGAAAUUAUUGGGAACAGUGUGGAUUUAGUGUUUGCAAAUGGUGAUGAGGCCAGAGCUCUGUGUAAUUUUGAAGCAAAGGAAAGUGCUGCUUCAGCUGCGAGGUAUCUGAGCCACUUUGUUCCUCUAGUAUCCGUUACAGAUGGUCCAACAGGCUCUUACAUAGGUGUAAAAGGAGAAGCUGUAUAUAUCCCUCCUUCUCCAUGUGUUCCAGUAGAUACUUGUGGUGCUGGUGAUGCAUAUGCAUCUGGCAUACUCUAUGGUCUUUUGAGAGGCAUAUCAGAUUUGAGAAGUAUAGGGACAAUAGCAGCUAAUGUUGCUGCCACUGUUGUUGGACAACAGGGAACACGCCUUAGAAUUUCAGAUGCAGUCAAAUUGGCUGAAUCUUUCGAAUUUCAACUUGAUUCCUCCUCUGUUGGCACUGAUCAUAUUUCCAGCGUCUAA